AUGUAUGUGAAAUGGUUUGAUACAGUAAUUUUAUACUAUGUGAUUUUAGUGUAUUUAGUGAAUGUCACUUUUUCACCUUUUGAAUUUCCCGCCGUUCCGUCCCCCAUACAUCCUGACGUCGCAGGGAACGGAGCCCAGAUGACAGAUGUUGGCAUCGGCCGGAGGACAUUGCCGGGAACACUGCAGGGGGGACAUUGCGGGAGCGCAGGACAAGGUAAGUAAAGAAGGGAUCCCGGAGCAGCGCCGCAUGGUAAGCCAGAGUGUAGAUCGGGGUUACCGCUUGUGCUACACUCGGGAAUACCGCCAGGGAGGUUA